AUGGAGGCGAAUCGUGGCACUGCGCACGCCCGAAUUUCUGGCGUGCUACGGGGUUUGAUAGCUGCCUGCGAACAUGGCGGCGACACUGGCUCUUCUACUGCUUCUUCUGGCAGGCACUCGCUAUCCUCGCAUCAGCUGCAGCUUCUAGUAUAUCUCAAGUCCGUAGCCGCAGUGCUGGCUGAGGGGGAUUCAUGUGCGAUCGCAGGAGAAAGGGCUCGAUCUCUUGAAAAUGCGCUUCAAGGAGCUAAGGUCUUGUUGGACAUGUCGGGAAGCAAGAUAUACAAGGCUGGUGGAAAUAGCAGCUACUUUGUAGACGUGUCCGAUGCCAGGCUAGCCGAGGAAAUCGACACAAUGCUCUUGCAACAUAGACAUGGGAAAGCCGUUGGGAGAAACAAGCUCCAGAGCAUUGCAAGCAAGGUGGGCAUCAGAUGCAACAAUGGCCUAGGGAAGGAGCUGGAAGCUUUGCAGAGAGAGGGGGAGAGUGCUGCCUCGGAGGACCAAAAGGCCGAGAUACAGGACGUCUUGUUGCUCUUCACUCAACUGCUGAGCGAAAUAGACGACGAUGACAAGGCUUGGGGUGUGCCUAUCCCAGCAGAUUUCAGGUGUCCCCUUUCUUUGGAGCUGAUGGUGGAUCCGGUGAUUGUGGCCUCGGGGCAGACAUACGAGAGAGCUUAUAUCCAGAGGUGGCUGGAGCAGGGAAACUUUUCGUGUCCAAAGACACGCCAACCUUUGCCGCAUGACAACUUGAUACCAAACUAUACGGUCAAGGCGCUCAUCACAAGCUGGUGUGAAGCAAACAACGUUGCUGAGGCUGCUGCUCUUGAGAAAAAUGUGGGCUGUGCAAGGAACGCGGCCAGUGGCCGCUACUACAGGCAAACCAAGUCCCUGGGCCGAGCUUCUCGCUUUCAUUCCUUACUGGAGCUCGACAAACGGCAUAACAGCUUUCAGGACAGGGUGACAAGAAGUGGUGAGACGUCGCAGGCUUUCGAGCAACUCAUUACGAACUUGGUGACUGAUUUGAGCUCUCCGUUUGCUGGAGCUCGCAAGUACGCGGCGGCAGAGCUACGCCUGCUGGCUAAAGACGACAUACAGAGCAGGAUAUUGGUUGUCGAGGCCGGUGCCGUGAGGCCUCUGAUCGCGUUAUUAGACGAUGGUGACGAGCAAACCCAGGAAAUCGCCGUGACAGCUCUCUUGAACCUCUCCAUCAACGACAACAACAAGGCGGAGAUCUCCCGGGCGGGUGCCAUCGAUCCACUGGUGAGGGUGUUGAAAGCGGGAAGCAGCGCAGCAGUGGAGAACGCUGCCGCUACGCUCUUCAACCUUUCCGUGGUGGACAACAACAAGGAAGUGAUUGGUGCCGCGGGUGCGAUAUCUCCUCUGGUGGAACUGCUGGCAAGCGGCAGCCCCGGUGGCAAGAAGGACGCAGCAACGGCGCUCUUCAACCUCUCAACCUCUCACGACAACAAGCCGAGGAUGGUCAGAGCUGGAGCUAUCAGGCCGCUGGUGGAGCUGGCCUCGCAAGCUGCGACGGGCAUGGUGGACAAAGCGGUUGCCAUACUGGCGAAUCUGUCAACUGUGCCAGAAGGGAGAGUGUCCAUCGCCGAGGAAGGAGGCAUCAUCGCGCUGGUCCAGGUGGUGGAGACGGGCUCCCCGCGAGGACAAGAGAAUGCCGCGGCUGCUCUGCUCCAUCUCUGCAUCAACAGUAGCAAGCACCGAGCAAUGGUGUUGCAGGAAGGCGCGGUGCCACCGUUGCAUGCGUUAUCUCUCGCGGGCACACCACGAGGCAAAGAUAAGGCACUGGCGCUACUUCGUCACUUUCGAGAGCAACGAGUUGGAAAGCAACAGGAGUACUGAUGUUCGCUUUGUGCCGCCAUAGAGAGGUCAGCUUGAGCUACUGUUCUGUCAACGAAGC